AUGUCAACGUCGUCUACUUAUCAAACUCAACGAGAAGCUUAUCGACAUAAACUUAUGUUUGAAUUAAUGUUUCGUGAUGAUGAACAAGUGGAUUUAAAACGAUAUAUUCGAGCUUUUGACAUGCGCUUAUCACGUAAUACAGCAUUUUCAAAGAUUCCUUGCGGCCCUGUGAUUGUCAUUGAUAAAGCAAAAAUUGCUUCGUGGUCAACGAGCAAUUCAAAAUAUAAAACGGAAUUAUGCAAAUAUUAUGUCGAAACUGGUGUAUGCAAAUUUGAUGGUGAUUGCACGUUUGCACACGGAGCUGAUGAUUUACGAAAUUCAAAUCAUAAAUCAGUUUUAUGUCGUUUAUUUCAUAUGACAAAUAAUUGUCCGUAUGGGCAAAAUUGUGCAUUUAUUCAUGAUGAAUAUAGACGUUCAUCGAUAAUUGUUAAACCCGGUUUUACCUAUGCACCACAAUAUGUACCGCCGAACGGUGAUCAAGUAACAAUGGACGAAGAAGACCAUGAACAACGUUCCCGUCGGUCAAGUUCCGGUUAUGCAUCAGUGGAUGAACUGUUAUCAAUCUGA